AUGGAUUUGGGAGCCAACUUGGCAAGGCUGAAGCCAGAAGCUGCCAGGAAACAGCAUUUAUUGCCAGUGGGACUGAUGCUUUUCCUGAAAGGUUUGAAGGAAGCUGUGGAAACUGAUAGCAUUAUUGCAGCCACCCUUGGUGGAGAGGCAAAUUUCUAUUGUAACUUCUCGCUUUCAAUGGAUGUUUUGCAAGUCACCUGGCAGAAGAAAAAUGGGUCUUCCUUCCUGAACAUAGCCACCUACAGCUCCAAGCACGGGCCAAGGCUGAUAGGGUCAUUUCAGAAGAAGGCACGUUUCAUUAGAGCAACCCUGAAGGCCUCAGCUAUCUCACUUCAAAAUCUCACACUCGAGGAUGAGUCCUAUUACAGAUGUAUUUUCAGCGUGUUCUCUCGUGGCUCUUUCAGCAAAGAUAUACGCCUCAACAUCCAAAGUAAAAAGUGAAACACAAAUAGAACAGGAGUAAAAAUGAGGUUUGGUUCCCCCAGUACCAGAGGUGUCCAGAAAAGCAUAAUCAUCUUGACAAUCUUAAUAGCUGUGAUGUUCUUAAUAAGCCUGAUAUAUGGUGCGAGACGAAUCAACAGAAAAAGGAAAAAGAGGUGUAGUACACCCAGAACACCUGCAAAGGAGAAAGGUUUACACCAAGACCUAAGGGAGAAAGCUGUGAUCCUGCACAUGCCAAAAGACCAGCACAUUGUUUAUCAAAAUGAGGGCCUCCCUAGCCAGUUUUCAUGUCUGUAUGGGGGCCUGGUGCCAGCAGCUGGGCCAGGACCAUGGGCCAGCAGGCACGUAUGCCUGGGCGCCAGUGACUGGGGACACCCGAGUGAGAGAAUCCAAGUGCAGCCACCAGCAUGGACUAGGGUCAGAGCCUGCAUGUCCCUGGUGCGGCACCUGGAGCGAGCACGGGUGAGAAUACGAACGCCAGGAAAGAUCAAGCCAGGCAAGCUGGUGAGUAGGUGA